CAACUCAAAAUCAGUAAAUUUUUCAAUAGUCGCUAAAAAUAGUGAUCCCAAUUCAUGAAACAGAUAGUCAUUCAUGGACGAGAACAGCUUUCCCGGGAAGCUUACCAGACUGAUAAGAGCAACGAUGGACGGUGUGCAGAACAGCGUAAGGAUUUCGGAUGAACUAUCCAGUUCAUUCGAAUCUCGACGGGGGCUACAACAAGGUGAUGGACUUUCCUGCCUACUAUUCAACAUCGCCCUGGAAGGUGUUAUGCGACGAGCCGGGCUCAACAGCUGGGGUACGAUCUUCUCGAAAUCCGGUCAAUUUGUGUGCUUUGCGGACGACAUGGACAUUAUUGCCAGAACAUUUGGAACCAUGGCAGAACUGUACACCCACCUGAAAUGCGAAGCAACAAAGGUCGGACUGGUGAUGAAUGCCUCAAAAACAAAGUACAUGCUGGUAGGCGGAACCGAACACGACCGGAUCCGUCUGGGUAUUAAUGUUACGAUAGACGGGGAUACUUUCGAGGUGGUGGAGGAAUUCGUCUACCUCGGAUCCUUACUGAUGGCUGACAACAACGUGAGCCGUGAAAUUCGGAGGCGCAUCAUCAGCGGAAGUCGGGCCUACUACGGGCUCCAGAAGAAACUGCGGUCGAAAAAGAUUCACCAACGCACUACAUGCACCAUGUACAAAACGCUAAUAAGACCGGUGGUCCUCUACGGGCACGAGACAUGGACCAUGCUCGAGGAGGACCUGCAAGCACUCGGAGUUUUCGAGCGACGCGUGCUAAGGACGAUCUUCGGUGGUGUGCAGGAGAACGGUGUGUGGUGGAGAAAAAUGAACCACGAGCUCGCUGCACUUUACGGUGAUCCCAGCAUCCAGAAGGUGGCCAAAGCCGGAAGGAUACGGUGGGCAGGGCAUGUUGCAAGAAUGUCGGACAACAACCCUCCAAUGCUGGUGUUUGCAACUGAUCCGGUUGGCACAAGAAGGCGUGGAGCGCAGAGAGCACGAUGGGCGGACCAGGUGGAGCCUGACCUGGCGAGCAUUGGGCGCGACCGAGGAUGGAGAGCGGCAGCCACAAACCGAGUAUUGUGGCGUACUAGGGGUAGGCGGGGCAUUAUGGACACCCGGGGCAGAAUGGACACCCUCAAUAUUUUGAAAUAUGCGAACUUUUUUGAACUUUUAAUGAAUGGAGAAUAUAGUCCAUUUGUCUAAAACGUAGUUUCAGGAAAGAAACAUUCGAAAUUAAAAUUAUACUUGAUUUUACACGAAAAAGUUGCGUCCUCCGUUUUUUGUGCAUGGAAAUUAUAAUUUUCACACCAUCUAAAAUAAGAUUUAGUGAUUAAUUUAUUGCAGGUCGAUUAAAACCUGAUAUUUCUAGAACACAUGCAAGUAGUUUUGCUGUAUCUACAUGCUUAACAUGUUUAUAUUUUCUUCUUUAUCAUAUCAAAAAUCAAGUUUGAAAAUAUCUUCUGCUGCCGGGGCAAAAUGGACACUCACCUUUUUGAAAGAAGCGGCAAGGGAAAAAUAUAACCUAAAUCACAAACCAACCAAAUCCUUCGAUUUCAGUAUAUUUUCGGUUAAAUGUUCACUAUAGUAGACAUAUGGUGAAACAAAUUGGUCAAAAAACGACAGAAGUGGAAAAUAGU